CUGUCUGAUUCAAAAUACCGGCCGAGACUGUCCUAUAAAAACAAACAUCGUUUUGUACGUUUGUUUAAUGGUUGUGCGCUCGUAUUGCGGUGAUUUAUUGCCAAUUUCAAGUUCUUUGGGGAAGUGUGUUCGAUCGUUGGAUUAGUUCAUGAACCAAGUUUUAAUGCUCGUUUUUACCAAAUGUCGUUUUUUUUAUUCUUGAUACUUAUUGGUUUGGUAUGCGACACUAAACAAGAAUGUUUUCCUCAACGAGCGAUAUUUUGCUACGAAUGCGACAGCUGGAAGGAUCAUCGAUGUAAGGAUCCAUUCAAUUAUACUGUUCUUCCGAGAGAUCAACCGCCUCUUAAACAAUGUAACGGAUGCUGUGUGAAAAUGGUCAGAAAUGCCAAAACAGAACACGAAAGCAUUAGAAGAACUUGCACGACCAAACUGCAAAUAAAUCUAUUCAUGGUUGACCACGUCUGCAUGUUGGAGAGUUCCGGCACAGGUCACAUGUGUUUUUGCGAGGAAGACAUGUGCAACGAAACAUCCUCCCUGAGAGCUGAAUUACCCACCGCUCUAACUCUACUUAUGAGUUACACAAUUGGAAAAUUUUUCUGAAAUGGAAAACCAUCUCAUUAUAUGUUCCUAACUAAAGUUUCCAAGUCGAAAACGUGUAACGCAAAGUUGCACAAAGGAAGACGAACAUACUCGUACUUUUAAUUCUUUUCAUGAACGUUGCUCAAUAUUUUUAAACGGCGUGUCGUUGAUUUCAUGUUGUACUCAUACAUACUAUGUAUGUACCAAGACAAGUAGACCCAACACCCUCUUUCUCUCUCUCGCCUCUUGUUCUUUGCAAAAUUUUAGAGGAUUUGUUACGCAGGCCUGCGUAGGUCUAGCUAGGUAGGUACUCGAAAAGCUCGCCAUACAAAACGCUCGUGUAUACCUAUGUACAGAACAAUAAAGCAAAUUAAAACUAUGGAAAAUGCUCUCAAGGUACCUAAAAGCUACUCUAUACUUAUUAUACACGUUGCAAUAAGGCUACGCCGUGUAUGAGUUUUUUUUUUAUUUGUUGAGCCUUUACGUACCUAACAAGGAGUUUAUUAAAGAUGCGAAGCAGCGAAUUUGGAAGUUCAACGUGUACUGUUCAGUGUUCUGUGCCUACAUAGUUGCGAAUUAGUUUCAUUUUCUUUUUCAACUCGCGGGAACAACUGUUUACCUUUUGAUUCAACCAUUCGACAUAUCAGAAUACUGCUGCGUUUCUAGAAUGCUUGUUCAAAAAUGUUAAUUUAUACGUAUUUACGUUCAUAAAUAAUAUCUGUAACCUUACUCAUUGUCAGUUGUAUUUUUAUUUUGAUGUUUUCUUUCUAUAUUUUUUGUUAAAAUAAAUUAAUUCGAAUAUA